AUGGGUGGUCGCAAUGAAAUCGCGUGUGCCGUUAUUGGGACGGCUUUGUUGAUGACUUCUUCGUCCUCAUCAUCGAUGGUCGAAGCCGCGCAACAAGGAUCGGUCCAAUCGUCAUCGAAUCAAACGCCGAGAAGAGCGGCGUUCGUACGAACGCCGAUAACGAACCACGAACGCGCGCAAUAUCUGAGACGCGCGCAGCAACAAUCGACGGAACAGAAAAGAUUGCAGCUCGAAAGAAACGCGAAACAGAAACUCGCGGCGACUGAAAAGGUGGAACGAAUGCAAGCGGAAGCCAAAGGGAAACUGGGGUUGUCUUCGAAGAAGAAAGCAGCCGUGGCGGAAAAAGAUGACGAAGAAGAAAUGGUGCCGCUGAAAAAGUCUGCCGCUAAGAAGGAGGAGACCGAUGGUAUGACCACCACCACCAAAAGCACGACUUCUUCUUCCUCCUCCUCCCACGUCAAAGUGCACUCGCACGCGGCGCCGAAAGCGUCCGAACUCGAAGAAGCGGACGAAUUCGAGUCGUUCAACCCGCUCGACUUGUUCGCCGCGUUGGAAGGCACGAAAAAGACACCGUUCGAGAAGCAAACGACCGCGAGUGGCGAAGUGGUUGAAAACGCGGUCUUGAACAAGAAAGACAAGCUCUCGUCCGUGUUUGCGACCAUGCUCGGGUCGAUGAUGGAAGUUUCGAGAGGCGUGGACGAGUCGACCGGGACGACGGUGUCUUCGAACAACUCGUGCGUGAAGGCGACGAGAAACGUCGCCGUAUCGUGCUUUAAAGAGUACAGCGCGAUCAACGAAGACGUGAAAGCGGGUAAAUUGUCCGCGGACGAGUCCACGGAAAAGAUGGAAUUGUUGCGAGAAACGUGCGCGGACAAAUCGAGAGUGAUCAACACGCAGUGCGUGAAGCCGAUCGCGGAGAUGUGCUCGAGCCAAGUGCAAGAGAUCAAGAAGGAAUGCGCCAAAGGCAUCGUCGGCUCCGAGGAGUUGACGUUGAACAAGGCGUUGGAUUCCGCAUCUGCCGCAGCGCAACGGUGCGCUGCGCAAGCGUCUUCUUUGUUGAAGUCGUGCAUGAAGCAAUCGAAAACGCUCUCGCCGGAUUUGAAGGAAUUGGCGAUGAUUGACAGCAAAGCGGAAGAAAGAGCGAAGGAGAUUAAAAAAGAAAAAGAGAUUCAAGACAAAGUGAAUGAAUCCAUGAAGGACUUGUCCUUCUCUUCCUCCUCUUCUACUUUGGCCCAGAAAGAAGAAGUCGUUACGAUGCCGCAGCCGGGAGAACAAGUCGAAGUCGUCGCCGCGUCCAAGCCGGUGAUUGUUGCUCGACACCACUCCUCCUCACUCUCGAAGAUGAAAUUACCGGUCGUUACAGAAGACGUUGAGGAAGUUGAACCGGCGGCUACGACUGUGUCGACGACGACGCCGACGGCUACCGUGCAGACGUUGAGCGUGCCGCAACCAGUUUUAUCGACCGCCGCCGCCGACGCCACCGCCACCACCACCACCACCACCAUCGAAGAACAACCAGAAGAAGAAGAAGAAGAAGAAAAAGAACAACAACAGCAACCCGAAGAAACCGAAGAAGAACAAGCCGUCGACGAAGAAGCCGAUUCCGGAUGCGCGGGCGCCCUCUCCAAAGUCACCGCCGAGUGCCAACUUUCGUACAAGCAAAUCAACGACAAAGUCAAGUCUGGCGAAGUCGAAGAAGCUGCCGGUAAAGAACAAAUCGCGGUAGCUGCGAGACAGUGCGUCGCGAAGACUAUGUUGGCGACUUCCAACUGCGUGGACAAAGUCCAACGCCGUCGCUUGAUGUCUUUGGCUAAGUAA